AUGGCUUCUAUACGUGAAGAUGAGGGACUCAAGAACGCGAGUCCUCGAGACCUCAACCUAUUGGAGACAGGGUGGUUCUCAGACUUCUCUGUCAUUUGUGGUGACCGCACUUGGAAGACGCACAAGGCCAUCCUGUGCCGUAUCGAAUACUUCAAGACAACCAUAAUGGGCGACUGCACGUAA